AUGUCGUCGCCAUUCCAGAAUGCGAAUUAUGUCGGGAUUAAUCUCACUGCCAUCCUUUACGGUGUCGAACUUGUCGUAUAUGGCAUCACAGUGCACGCAUUGUGGACAAAACCCACACGUGGUCGUGCAGACAUAUUCUUCGUCUUCUUCAGUACUACGCUCCUCAUCCUCAUGACCAUAUCAUACUCCACCAACGCUGCCUUUGGGGAAGAGAUGUGGAUAGUCAAUGCCAAGUAUCCGGGAGGCAUGGAUGCAUACCUCGAUGCGCAUGUCAAUGUAUGGUACCAGACAUUGUCCAGCGCCUCGCCGACUACAGCAAAUUUGCUAGGGGAUGCCUUAAUGAUAUACCGCUGUUACGUCCUCUACGACUCCAUCUACGUCAUAGUUUUGCCUUCGAUCCUGUGGCUAGGGUCAUUCGGUUCCGGUGUCCUCUUUUUGUAUGCCUCAGGAAACCCUCAUGGAGAUUUCUUCGAGGGUUUCGCUGAGAACUGCGGACUCGGCUAUUAUACGACGACCAUAGCUCUCAAUAUCCUUACCACUGCUCUCGUUCUCGGCCGUCUGCUAUGGAUUUCCAGGUACAUGCGUAAGUAUCUCGGGCGCACCACGUCGAAAAGAUAUGUCAACGCGAUUGCCAUCAUCGUCGAAUCUGCGCUCCCAUAUACUCUCAUUGGCAUCGCCAACCUAAUCACGUAUGGGGUGCAGAAUGAUACGAAUGUUCUGUUUGCAGCGAUCUAUGGGGCGAUGACGGGUCUAGCACCACAGCUCAUUAUAAUGCGUGUUGUCAAGGGCAGGGCAUUGUCGCGGCGGGAUAUGACGGAAAUUCUGACUGAUUCGGUAAUAUUCGCGGGCAAUAGUGACAUUUCAGGUGGCGAUCAGUACACAGCACCCCAAUCAUAG